UUGUCUCCGCUCCUCUCCAUCCAAGUGAGGCAUUUCUAAGGGACCAACAACGGAAAAGAGAUUACUUUCACCAGAGAUUCAGCCGCAUUUGAUUCAAACGGGAGGCUCAGCUACCCCUAGCUGGAUCUAUUCAGAACGCAAUUCCGUUAUCAUCACGCUGUGUGCUCCUGUGAUGGACUGCCUGUGAAUUAAAACACGAAACACAACUUUUCGGUCUUCUGUUUCUGGAAGAUUCGUUGAUUUUCCCCUGGUUUUCAAACUAUUCAUUAAUGUUUAGGUAUUCGUUGUGGAAGUAUGACAUCAGUGCACUGUGAGAGCUGGGUGGUGAUUCACGAUUUCAACGGAGGAAUAUCAACGGCACUUCCUCGUACGCUCUGUAGAAAAUGAGUUAUGAUUAGUAGCGUUUACAUUAUUCCUACAAUGGCUGGUGUUCUUUAUUGAAUAUCGAAUCAAAUUCAAACCCGGAAUGGGUGUCCAAGCAACAAGCGACUGUGUGAACGGUACUCUGCUUCUGGGCAGUUGUGCGCACAUUUGGAAGGAAUAAGGCAUUGGUAAACCCGUCGGUAGCCUAAACCAGAAUAAUCUGCACACCUUUCUCACCUGACAAUUUUUUUUCUACACAUGGACUUACUUUGGACGAUGCAUCACCUUGAUUUCAUAGAAGUAUAAUUUUAAAAAAGUGCCUCGGUGAAUCUGGUAUUUUCUUCUGAAUCGAAGUCGGAGGAGGCAGGAGGGAGAGAAAGAGAUAGAGAAGGACCAUGGCCAGGCUAGGGCAUGGUGGUGGUGUGGUUCUGCAACUGAACAAACCCUGCUUUACGUGGCAAGUGUUGUGGGUGAUGAAAGCUCUAUUCGACCUUACAGCAUCGCAGGAAAUGUACGCACCGCAUUCCAUAAGAAUGGAGGGAGACCUGACCCUUGGUGGCCUCUUCCCUGUGCACGCCCGGGGGAUCCCGGGGGAACCGUGUGGCGACAUUAAGAAAGAGAACGGGAUCCACCGCCUCGAAGCUAUGAUGUACGCCUUGGAUCAAAUCAACAGUGAUGACGAGCUUUUGCCCAAUAUCACCCUAGGUGCCCGGGUGCUCGAUACGUGUUCUAGGGAUACCUAUGCUCUGGAGCAGUCUCUGACUUUUGUGCAGGCACUCAUACAAAAAGACACUUCGGACGUGAGGUGUAUGAACGGUGAGCCACCAGUGUUCGUCAAGCCAGAGAAAGUUGUUGGAGUGAUUGGAGCUUCAGCGAGUUCUGUAUCAAUCAUGGUGGCGAACAUAUUACGUCUCUUUCAGAUUCCUCAGAUCAGCUAUGCCUCCACGGCCCCGGAGCUGAGCGACGACCGACGAUACGACUUCUUCUCUCGCGUGGUGCCUCCGGACUCGUUCCAAGCCCAAGCCAUGGUGGACAUAGUCAAGGCCAUGGGCUGGAACUACGUAUCUACCGUCGCGUCAGAAGGAUCCUAUGGAGAGAAGGGAGUGGAUGCCUUUCAUCAGCUGUCCAGAGAAUCAGGUGGGAUCUGCAUCGCUCAGUCCUUAAAGAUCCCUCACAAUCACAAGCAGGAGAACUUCGACAAGAUCAUCAGGCUGCUUCUGGAGACUCGUUACGCCCGGGCUGUCAUCCUCUUCGCAUCAGAUGAGGACAUACGGGGUAUCCUGAACGCCAGUAAGAGGGCGGACCAGGUGGGUCAUUUCCUGUGGAUCGGUUCAGACAGCUGGGGAGCCAAGAUCAGCCCUGUCCAUCAGCUAGAGGAAGCAGCAGUGGGAGCUGUCACUAUCCUGCCAAAAAGAGCAACCAUCGCCGGAUUUGAUGCCUACUUCACAUCGCGGACACUGGAGAACAACAGGAGAAACGUCUGGUUCGCAGAAUACUGGGAGGAGAACUUCAACUGUAAACUAAUGAGCUCUUCCAAGAAGGAAGACACCAGCAGGAAAUGCACAGGCCAAGAGCGGAUUGGGACGGACUCUAAGUACGAGCAAGAGGGGAAGGUUCAGUUUGUGAUCGAUGCAGUGUACGCCAUGGCCCACGCCCUUCACAACAUGCAGAGAGACCUGUGUCCUGACGUCUCUGGGAUCUGUCCCGAUAUGGACUUGGCCGGGGGCAAAAAACUGCUCAAGUACAUUCGCAGUGUCACGUUCAAUGGAAGUGCUGGGACGGCGGUGAAUUUCAACAGGAACGGUGAUGCUCGGGGACGUUAUGACCUGUUCCAGUAUCAGAUGGACAACAACAGCUCCCCGGGAUACAAGAACAUUGGACAGUGGACCGAGACAUUACAGCUCAACAUCGAGGAUAUGCAGUGGCCGGACGGACAGGCAGAGAUCCCCAGCUCUGUGUGCAGUCAGCCCUGCAAGACAGGACAGAGGAAGAAGGCAGUGAAAGGCAUGCCGUGUUGCUGGCACUGUGAACCCUGUGAUGGCUACCAGUACCAGUAUGAUGAAACAUCCUGCAAGCUGUGCUCCUACAGCAUGAUGCCCAACCCCAACAGGACGGCAUGUCAGCCCAUCCCCAUCGUGAAGCUGGAGUGGCACUCCCCUUGGGCAGUGAUCCCCGUCUUCCUCGCCAUGCUGGGCAUCAUCGCCACCAUCUUCGUCAUGGCAACCUUCAUCCGCUACAACGACACGCCCAUUGUCCGUGCGUCGGGCCGUGAACUGAGCUAUGUCCUCCUCACCGGGAUCUUCCUCUGUUACAUUAUCACCUUCGUCAUGAUCGCCAAGCCCGACGUCGCCAUAUGCUCGUUCCGCCGGAUCUUCCUGGGUCUGGGCAUGUGCAUCAGCUACGCCGCGUUACUCACCAAGACCAACCGGAUCUACCGAAUCUUCGAAGAAGGUAAGACGUCGGUGACGGCACCCAGGCUGAUCAGCCCGACCUCUCAGCUGGCCAUCACCUCUUCCCUAAUUUCCGCUCAGCUAUUGGGUGUGUUCGUCUGGUUCGGUGUGGAUCCCCCUAACACCAUCAUCGACUACGACGAACAGAAAACAUUCAACUCAGACCAGGCUAGAGGAGUGUUGAAAUGUGACAUCACGGAUCUGCAGAUUAUAUGCUCGCUGGGUUAUAGCAUCCUACUCAUGGUCACGUGCACGGUGUACGCCAUCAAGACGCGGGGCGUCCCGGAGAACUUUAACGAGGCCAAGCCCAUUGGAUUCACGAUGUAUACCACCUGUAUCGUCUGGCUAGCCUUCAUUCCCAUCUUCUUUGGGACAGCUCAGUCUGCAGAAAAGCUAUAUAUCCAGACCACCACCCUCUGUAUCUCUAUGAAUCUUAGUGCCUCGGUGGCCUUGGGGAUGCUUUACAUUCCUAAAGUCUAUGUCAUCAUCUUCCACCCGGAGCUUAAUGUCCAGAAGAGGAAGAGGAGCUUCAAGGCGGUGGUGACGGCCGCGUCCCUAACCACACGCCUCUCACACAAGACCAGUGACAGGCCCAAUGGAGAGGCCAAGACGGAAUUGUGUGAAAACAUUGAUCCAAACAGUCCGGCAGCAAAGAAGAAGUAUGUGAGCUACAAUGACAUUGUGAUCUAACAGCCAUCAUCAGAGAGAAGGGCAGGCUGUUUGGAGAUGCUUGGUCUCCUGCCCCUCCUGCCCAAUUGGCAACAUAAAGGAAAUCCAAACUAUGUUUAUGUCCAUGCUGCUUUACUGCCCACUCACACCCCGGAACCUGCAGAACCCCCCAGAACCCUGGAACUCCAGAACAACACAGUGACAAUGGGUGGGUUCUGGGUUCUAGAGCUUUCCUUUCAAACAGAGGAUUCUGUCUGGCUAACUGAUGUUUUUUUCAUGGUGGAAAAUCAAGACGGACAUUUCUGUUGGGAGCAAAAUAAUUUACAAAAUAAUUUGUUUUGUUAAAUGAUUCCAGAGAGAGAAAAAAAAGAGGCAUAGAACUGGUUUGGACAAAAAACCUGUGUUCCUCCUCAGGAUUAGAGUGUGUCUCUGCAGACCCCUCAGAGCUGGCCCCCCACUCCCUAUAGGUGUGUCUCUACAGGUACGCUGGCUGCAGCAGGAGGACACACCUGUCCUGGAGGACUCACCUGUCCUGGAGGACUCACCUGUGCUGGAGGACACACCUGUGCUGGAGGACACACCUGUGCUGGAGGACUUACCUUUAAUUGACCUACCUGUACCUGCCACGGGGCUGUUUCUUGUCUUUUAAUGUCCUUCCAAAUUGCAAGUUUUCCAAAAUUCCUGUCGAAAAAAAAGUUUGAGGUUCUAUUGGCCUAUCCGUUACAUUUGUUGUAGAUUUUCUAAAGAUCUCAAUGUAUUUAUUCUUUGCUGUUUGGAUGCACAGUCAAUUAAAGCCAUAUUCUUGUCUCUGAGAUGUCAAGUAUUUUUUCACGUUUUCGAUUCUGGCUAUAUGUCGGUCGACAAGAAAGACGCACGGUAUCUGAUUUUUACAUUCCCUUAUAUGUGUUUGGGGAGUUUUCUACAGACAUGCUUUCAGUAUGUUGAACGGGUACAGUACAUUAAACUAUCGACUGUAUUUUCAGUAUGUUGAACAGGUACAGUAACAUUAAACCCUCGACUGUGUUGUCAGUAUGUUGAACAGGUACAG